AUGGCACCUCAGCAGUCUUCGACAGCGAGGCCGCAUAAGGGCGCAGGAGUGAAGGCUCGCAAAGGAAUAUCUGCACGAAGCCGCGAUGUUCAUCAUUCGCACCUAGCGGUACGGCCCCGCUAUCGUCCCCCCACGCGUCCAGAAGUCAACAGACUACCGAACGAGCUGCUCGAGAUUAUCUUCCUUCUCUCUCUCCCUUCAUCGCUCGCCGAUCCGACGCCUGGAAGCGGCCAAGAAUUUGUCGCCUACAUGCGGCGCGCCGAGGUCCGCGACUACCCCAACCUUCUUGGCUGCGUCUGCCGCCGCUGGCGCGCCAUCGCACUCGCUAGUCGCGCGCUGCACUCUUACAUCUUCCUCGAUCUUGAUAUGCAUGACAUAUCAUACGAGAAGAAGCGCGCCGCGGGCGCGUACUACGGCGCCUUUCUCGCGUGCUCGGGCACGCUGCCCCUGACGAUGUCCAUCGACGCUUCCGCGCAGGAGAAACUCAGGCAGCUGCUCGGUGCCCCCUUCGUGGCGCAUCUCCCGCGCCUGCGGCGUGUGUGUAUCGCCAUAGAGGAUGGCAUCCCCACCUUCGGCCCCUUCAGCGUUCUUCCGUUGUUUCCCAACGUGCGGACGCCCUUGCUUGAGACCGUGCGCCUGGACGUGUGCUCCAGGGAGAACGACUGGAAAGCGAAGAACGUGGUCGCGUAUUUCGCCCGGGUCGGGGCAGCGGCCGAGGAUCUCGUUCAGCCGGACCUCAGGAUCCUCCACCACGCUCCGAAGCUUAGCUCGUUCUCCUUGGACGAUUUUGGCGAUACAUCGUUUGCGCACCGAUUGCUGCAGAAGGCGGGUCUUGACUUUGGCGGUCUGACCUGUUUGCGGCUGCCGGAGGUGCCGUGCUGCGCGCCCGAGAUAUACAAGUUGGUUGUGGAUCUUCCCCGCCUCUCUAGCUUGCGAUGUGCGGUCCGUGACGGGUACGAGGCCCCGCCGCGUCUCGACCAGCUUACUUCCGAUGGGCUUCCUUUGGAAGAGUUCGUGAACGACCAAAACGAAUCGCGGUCGCACAACGUCCAAGCAAGGCGCCGGCGGACCGCCCUCGGCGAGCUCGUGCUCCCAGACCUGGUCGACCUCCACAUCACCCUCGUCUCGAACGGGUUCCACACAAACGCGCCCCGGUCGAACGCGUUCAAGCGUCUCCUAGAUAUGCUCAUCCUGCCCUGCCUCGCGACCUUCGCUGUCUCAAGGAGGAGGAUCUACGGCGCCGACUUCGACUGGGACGAGAUGGACGACCCGAGGAUGGAAGAGCUGAACAGUGUUCUCGUGCACCCUCUGCAGUCCCUCAUGGCUCGCUCGGGCUGCGCGAUACGCCACCUGGCGCUCGACGCCCCGCGCACCGACGACGGAGACGUGUCCCGCGUGCUGCGCGCGCUGCCGACCGUCACUUCGCUGAAGCUCGACGCCAUGGCCUGCGCAGGCCCCAAUGGCGAGCGCCUUCUGCAGGAUUUGACGCGCCGACGCGCAGGCGCGGGGUCCCCCGACCUUCUCCCGCAUCUUCGCCACCUCGUCAUCGGGAAUCGCAAGUGCAGUGAAGACUGGCAGCCGUCGCUUCCGGCCAUCCUCGAUAUGGUUGAGGCUCGAUGGCCAGUAGGGUGGAGCGCGUGCGCGAUUGCCUGUGUUUCCGUCGUCCUUGUUCAGAAACGAUGCGGUUGGAAUAAGAUUACGUACGACGCACAGUAUGAGGAGCUUCCGGCGGAUGUGCAGGAGAGGCUGCAGAGGAUACGGUCUCGGGGAGACAUCGAUCUCUGCAUCGAACAGGUCCGGCGGGACGAGUGAAGCGUAAGAUAACAUGCGCGCAGAAGUACCCGCUGUGGCGAGAGAAAUUAUGCCAAUUUAAACGUCUUUGCAUCUGGGAGAAGC